AUGGCGUCCAAGAACCACCAGAAACCGCCCUUCCGCGCCGAGCACAUGGGCUCGCUCCUGCGGCCCAAAGCCCUGACCGACAAGCGCGUCGCCUUGGACGGGAAGAAGGCCGUGGAGCUUGCAGACGACAAGGAGCUCAAUCGCCUCGAGGAGGAGGGCGUGCGAGAAAUUGUCAAGACGCAGCUGGACCUUGGCUUCCACGCCAUCAACGACGGCGAGUACCGCCGCCACCAGUUCUGGGGCAACUUCUUCCCUGGUUUAGAGGGGUUCGAGGAGGUUGACACGCCAAGCUGGGAUAUCUUUCGCAUGUACGUGCCAGAUAUUGCGGCUUUCAUUGAGAGCGAUCACAAGCCUGGCGAGUCCAUCCUCUGCACUGGCAAGAUCAAACACAAGGGUAGCACCUAUCUGAGAGAAUGGGAGUUCCUCAAAAGCAACAUUCCCCCUGAGAGCGUCAAGGAGGCCAAGUUGACCUUGCCCGCGCCCGAGUGGUAUCACCUCCGUUACCAAAAAGGGCACGCCUAUCCCAAGGACGUCUACGCCAACGACGAGGAGUACUUUGCCGACAUCGCCAAGGCGUACCAGACCGAGCUUCAGGUCCUCUACGACCACGGCGUCCGCAACGUAACAAUCGACGACCCCAACUUGGCGUACUUCUGUUCGGAAAAGAUGCUUCAAGGCUUCAAAGACGCAGGCGAAGACUCAGACGCUCUACUCCAGUCCUACAUCAGGCUCUACAACGACUGCAUCACCUCGCGCCCGGCGGACAUGCACCUCGGCAUCCACCUCUGCCGCGGCAACUUUGCCUACUCCCGACACUUCUCCGAGGGCGGCUACGACCGCAUCGCCUCCCGCCUGUUCAACGAGAUCAACGCGGACACCUACUUCCUCGAGUACGACACCGACCGCGCCGGCGGGUUCGGGCCUCUGAAGGAGCUGCCGGCGCACAAGAACGUCGUGCUGGGCGUCAUCACGUCCAAGUUCCCUGAGCUCGAAGACGUAGAGAAGCUGAAGGAGCGCGUGUUCCAGGCUGCUGACUAUGUCGGUCAGGGCGCGGGACAGACGCGCGAGGAGGCGUUGAAGAGGAUUGGAGUUAGUCCGCAGUGUGGAUUUGCGAGCCACCACCUGGGCAACUCGGUUUCGCAUCAGGAUAUGGUCAAUAAGUUGAAGCUUGUGAGGCAAUUGGCCGAUUCCAUUUGGCCGGGGGAGCCUUGA